AGUUUUACAAGUGUUUUUUUGUAGUUGGUGCAUCAAAAAAUCAACAUCAAAAUGACAUCAAGAGACAGGGCCACCAACCAACUCGUCGACUAUAAAAAUAAAGUUACCGAGGUGGAAUCGGUGACGACGGCCUACGGCAACCAGAUCUCCGAGCGGGCGGCCACUCUGACGGUGGGGCCUCGCGGACCCGUCCUCCUCCAGGACCAGAACCUCAUCGAUGAGCUGGUGCACUUCGAACGCGAGCGCAUCCCCGAAAGGGUGGUGCACGCCAAGGGGGCCGGGGCGUUCGGCUAUCUCGAAAUCACCGACGACAUCACCAGGUACUCCGCUGCCAAAGUUUUCUCUUCGGUCGGCAAGAAAACGCCCCUCGGGGUGAGAUUCUCCACCGUGGGAGGUGAAUCGGGGUCAGCCGAUACGGCCAGAGACCCCCGCGGUUUCGCAGUGAAAAUCUACACCGAGGACGGCAUCUGGGACAUAACGGGCAACAACACGCCUAUCUUCUUCAUCCGGGACCCCAUCCUGUUCCCCAGUUUCAUCCACACGCAGAAGAGGAAUCCUCAGACGCAUCUGAAGGACCCCGACGCGUUCUGGGACUUCAUGUCUCUGCGGCCCGAGACUAUGCACCAGCUGUUGUUCCUGUUCUCUGACAGAGGAAUCCCUGACGGUUACCGAUGCAUGAACGGCUACGGCUCCCACACCUUCAAGCUCGUCAACAAGGACGGCAAAUCGCACUUCUGCAAAUUCGUCUUCAAGACCAACCAGGGCAUCAAGAACCUGAGCGCCCAGAAGGCGGAACAGCUGAGCGCUCUCGACCCCGACUAUUCCAUCAGGGACCUGUUCAACGCCAUCGCUGAUGGAAAGCACCCCUCCUGGACCUUCUACGUGCAGAUCAUGACGGCAGAGCAGGCGGCCGCUUCCAAGUUCAACCCGUUCGACCUGACCAAGGUGUGGCCGCAGGGCGAGUAUCCGCUGAUCAGGGUCGGCAAGAUGGUGCUCAACCGCAAUCCGGAGAACUAUUUCGCCGAGGUCGAGCAAAUCGCCUUCAGCCCCGCCCACAUGCCGCCCGGCAUCGAGGCCUCGCCCGACAAGAUGCUGCAGGCGCGCCUGUUCGCCUACGGUGACACGCACCGCCACCGCUUGGGCGCCAACCACCUGCAGCUGCCCGUCAACUGCCCCUUCAAGGUGAAGAACUACCAGCGAGACGGGCCGAUGUGCUACAACAACCAGGGCUCGGCGCCCAACUACUUCCCGAACAGCUUCGGGGGGCCGCAGAACGACCAGGUGGCCAAGUCGCUCGAUCCGCCGUUCGCGGUUUCCGGGGAGGCGUACAGAUAUGACAACAGAGAUGACGACAACUUUACUCAAGCGAGAGUGUUCUACCAGACGGUGUUGAAGAAGGACGAACAGGACAGGCUGAUCGAAAACGUCGCGGCCCAUCUGUCCGGCGCUGCCGAUUUCAUCCAAGAGAGACAGGUCAAGCUGUUCAGACAGGUGGACAACCAGUUGGGCGAGAGGGUCUCCCAAGGGCUCAACACUCUUAAACGUGCCAAGGCUAACCUUUAAUCGGUUAGAGGGGGUUUAUUGAUUAUUUUUAAGGUUUUAUGUUGGAGAAUAUUAUAUUUGUGAAGGUGUUUGUGCAUUUGUAAUGUUUUUAAUAAAACAUUUGUUUUA